UAUUGCCUGAAGUUGCCUUUAACUUGAGGGGAAUAAAACCUGGCCAAGUCCUCUUCCGAUUAAUUCAUUCUUUGUCCAUCCCAACCCACGGACUCACUGCUGCCGCCACGUUGUCGUUGCUUGGCUCACCUGCUGCUCGCAUCGGUGCCUUCACCAUGUCUUCUCUUGAUGCCGCUUCGACAGAGCGGCAGCCAGGAAGUACUUUGUCUGAUCCUGCUGACGUCGAUAACAUGGAGUCCAACAUGCGAUCAGUCACAACUGCCGCUACCCCCAUGCAUCAAGCCAAAUCUUCCGUAAGCACCAACAAUGGGAAGAAAAAGUCGCCCAAAGCGAAAGUCAAGAAUCCGUCUAAAAGAGAAGGAAAGAAGCAUAACAGGCAUGCACGUCACAGUGACGGCUCUUCUGCAUCUGCUACAGAUGAGGGUGAUAAUCAGUUUGCCAACGAUGAUGGUUCGUCUGACUCAGACUCCCUCUCGUCAAACUCGGAGGACGAGGCAUCUCAACGCAAGACUAAAUCGAAAAGACAUCAUGGAGCCACCACGGCCAAGAAAACUCGUUCCAUUGCUUCCUGUUCCACCAGGAAGGGCAAAGCUUCCAAGAGACGCAAUUUGUCCCCGUCUCCAUCAUCUUCUUCGUCUGACACCGACUCGGACUCUUCAAGCGAUGAUGACGAUGCUGACGACGGGCUGACCAAGGUCUCAAUGACAGCCCAACAGAUGCAGCUAUUCCAACAAUGGCAACGCAGCAACAACACCUUACCGCUUGGGGGCAAUAACGGUCCGGCUUUCUGGCCCCCUCCUCCCAGGCGCGGCGGUAGCCUUGGCUUGGGAGAUGCUGGGAUUGGUGGGAAUCCUAUGUUCGGCAACGGAACUCGAGCCACAGAACGGGCAACGCCGCCAUCGUCAAAAAAGAAAUCAAAGUUGAACUUCAAGCGCGUCGACCAAGUCUGGGACAGCGCGAUCCACCAAUACAAACUCCAGGACACGGCGACAAGUAACUCAGACACACAGUACAAAGGAUACGUUCUCCAGAUCAGACGAACGUUUGACUGGGAGGGGAAGUAUAAGGCCACCGUGGUCGACGUCAAGAGCAAACUUCUUCGCGGGAUUUUGCAGGAGGUCAUGGGCAACAUCAAAGGCGUCAGCUUGGUGGAUGAGACGCCGAAAGUUGAUCCCAAUAUGCUGUUUCUUUAUUUGGAAGACUUCCGAAAGUUUGAUAAGCAGCUGAAGAAGUCAGUAGUGGUCAUCGUCGAUAAAAAGGACCGCAAGAAGCACAAGAAGCACAUUAAAACCAAGCGGCAGCAUCUCAAGGUUCUUUUGAAGUACCUCGAUAAGGACUAUUCUCACGUGAAGAAGAGUUUGUAUCCUAUGCUUGAAAACGGACUGAUCACGUUCGACCUGCUCUGGGCACUUUUCAAGCCUAAUACGCUUGUUUACACAACAACUUACGGAUCUCCUGAUGAGCCUCGAAUCUUCAAAGUGGAGCAGGCAGAAAAGCUGACCAGCAUUACCAAAGGAGUAUUCUACUGGAUUGACGGUAAAUACCUGGAGUUUGACGGGAAACAGUUCGGCUACGGCACUCUCUGCGAGGAAAUUCUAGAGUUCCGAGGAGCGCGCAAGAUCACCAGUCUGAGCACUUUCCCCCUCGACUUCCAUAAAGACAAAGAGGCCGUCAAGGCCGCUUUGAUCGAUCGAGGGAAAAGAUUUGUGCAGCUCGGUGGCGUGCACUACCGAAGCCACCAUGGACUAGCAUAUUACAAGAAGAAGAAGGCCGUGAUCAAAGUCAACGUCAACAGUCGCGUGAUGGUCGACCCUGCCAUUCAUCGCAGGAUCAACCCCAACUACCAAGUCUCCGUGGUCAGACCCAAGGAUCACGACGUCUUAUCCGAUUCCGAGGACUCUGACGAGGAAAACCCGUGCGCCCAAGGCUCGGAUUGUGACAAUGAAAAUGGGAGCGAUGAUGAUGCCUGCGGGAAGAUGGUAGCAAAGGUUGUGCGUGAUGCAAAGGGCGGUGUUCGCAUGGUUCGUGUCCCAAAGUCUGAUCUUGAAGACUCUGCUCCGGCAGAGAAGCUUGAGCAGGUCAAGGAGGCUGAGACUGAGAGCCUAUCUGGUGCAUCUCGUCAAGACGGCGAAAAGUCGAAGGAAGCGCCGGUGUUCUCUGAGGAAGACUAUCUCAUUGCUUCGUCUGUUGUUCUGGGGUUUUCCUUCUCCGAGAAACUAUGGCUUGAGUUCACCGUGUCGGGAAUUGAUGAAAUUCAAUGGAAUGACAGCGCUUACGACUCUCUUGUGCUCGAGUCUAAGCAGAAGGACAUCGUUAAGGCACUGGUUGAGUCCCAUAAGUACCAUGCUGCCGAGAGCAUUGAUGAUGUAAUUCAAGGAAAGGGAAAGGGGCUUGUCGCGGUUCUCCAUGGACCUCCUGGUACAGGAAAGACGCUCACAGCGGAGGGCAUCAGCGAGCUUCUCAAGUGCCCCCUCUACAUGGCCUCCGCCGGAGAGCUUGGCACCGACUCGCGCUAUCUUGAGGCAGAGCUGCAGAAGAUCCUCGACAUUUGUCAUGCUUGGGGCGCCAUCCUCCUCCUUGAUGAGGCCGAUGUGUUCCUCGAAAAGAGGAACCUCCACGAGAUUGCCCGCAACGCGUUGGUUAGCAUCUUUCUGCGUCAGCUGGAGUACUUCCAAGGCAUAUUAUUCUUAACCACAAACCGAGUCGAGACAUUCGACGACGCUUUCCAGUCCCGCAUCCAUAUCGCCUUGCGAUACGAGAGCCUCAACCAAAAGGCAAAGAAGUCCAUCUUCAAGAUAUUUGUCGAGAGGGUCCGCGUCCUCGAGAAGGUCGACCUCAAACCUUUCAGUAACGAAGACUAUGACAACCUUGCAAAGCACGACCUGAACGGCCGACAGAUCAAGAACACCGUCCGCACCGCGCAGGCCUUGGCCAUCAACAAGGGUGAACCCCUUGGCAUGGAACACAUCAAGCAGGUCCUCGGUGUCCAGAACAGUUUUGACCUUCAUCUAAAGGGAGGAGAGUCGUACAAGGACGCCAUGCGGAGCUACUACUGAGAGGUUGAAGGUAGCCA